AUGGAGGCUAUCCGUGUCGAGCUGCAGGAGAUAGCAGAAGCCAUCGACGAGCUCGAAGAGAUACACACCGAGUCACCCAAGGAGUCACAAGACGACAUCGCCCUCCGUUUCCACUUUAUCAAGGAGUCGCUGGAGAAGAUCACCGAAAACUAUGAUUCGACUGUCAAGAAGCUGGAAAAGACCGCAAAUCAUUCUGUCAAGAUGGCCAACGAUUCUCUCAAGAUUGCCGUUCAAACCUCCAUCAAUCUGCUCAAGGAUCAAAUCGAGCGUCGCAAAGAGGAUGUAGCGCGCGCCGCAAAUCAAAAGAAGCAGCAGGCAUGGCUGUUGUCACUCUGUGACGAUGCCAUACACCACAGCGGUCUCAACAUGGUUGAUUCUGACAGAUUGGACAACUGUGUUGGCGAACUGUACUGUGAGGGUAGCAAGCAGCUCAAUCAGAGCAUCACUCGCUGGCAGGAGGAGAUUGAGAAGGCUGAAGGCGAGAUCCGCAAGCUUGAAUGGAUGACCCCUGCUUGAUACCAUACGACGAGGCAAGCUACGAGGUUCUAGAAGAAU